AGGGUCGCCUGCUUUCUUCUUCUCGACAUCGUCAUUUUAACAUCGGAGGAAUCUUCAGUACCUGAGAAAGUAAACAAUGGCGGCAGUCAGAACGAUGACGAACAUGAUUCUACGCGAGUUUAUCCAUCAUCCACUUCUCAUUCAAUCUUCAUCGAAAUCGUGUCAAUCUCUUUUACCAUGCCUCCGUCUCACUCCCCGAAUUGCUCCAAUCCACUCUAUUUCCCGAUUCGGAUCCGUCCGAUGUGCGGCGUCGACCUCCGGAGGAAGCGGUGGUGAUCGGAAAGUUUCGUCACGGUUGUCGCAGGUUCAGCAGAUGCUUCAUGAGGCGGAGGAGAGAGCUACUUCCGCUGGCAAUGAGCCUACUCCUCAGAUCACUCUAGACCAUGUUACACUUAACUUUGCUAGAAGCGGUGGUCCUGGAGGCCAGAAUGUGAACAAAUUGAAUACCAAAGUCGAUAUGCGCUUCAAUGUGAAAAACGCCUACUGGCUAAGUGACAGGAUUAGAGAGAAAAUCUUACAGAUGGAGAAGAAUCGGAUCAACAAGGAUGGUGAACUUGUAAUAUCGUCAACGAAAACCAGAACGCAGAAAGGCAACAUCGACGAUGCACUUGAGAAACUACAGGCAAUAAUUGAAGCGGCUUCAUAUGUUCCACCUCCACCUUCAGAAGAACAGAAGAAGAAAAUUGUAAAGAUGGCUGCGAAAGCUGACAAUAAGCGACUUAAAAGCAAGAAAGUUCUUUCUGACAAGAAAUCUGCGAGAAGAAGCCGCGGUAGUUAUGAUGAUUAAACUUAAACCAUACAAUAGAGUCAAGGGUGAUUCCAAAGCUUUUUAACUUAGAUGAUUAUGUCAUUUUUCUUGAUGUAUUUAAGGUAACACAACAAUCAAAUCUUCCAAUAAAAAUUGCAGUAUAUUGGAUUUUUAUGUACAAACCACUCUUAUACAAAUUAUAACCAAAGAAAGUAUCAAACAUAACA